AAGAUGCCAACACUAGCCAGAACAGCAGUUGCAAUUAUAGUCCUCGCCGUAAUUGGAUCUAGCCAUACGACGACCACUACGCCCGUACGGAUUAACAAGUGCUGCGAAAAGUUUGAGGUCGUGUACGAUGGAAAGUGUACUGUCGCUGCCACCGUCAAUGCGACCGUAUGGAAGCCAGAAUUUAUUGGACGAAAAGGCCAACGAAACGUGCAGGUAGACAAUUAUCGUUUCGUCAUCGGCUUGCCGGACUGUGGGACCAAGCAAAAGUUCAUCAUCUACGAGUAUCACGACAGCGACGACAAAUUGAUUCUCUUUCCGGACGGUCAGCUGCGGCACCUUAUUCUGCGCCAUGGCCACAGCACGAUUCAGGGCAGCGUAGGAAGCUAUCUCGAUGAGGAUUAUAUCGAUGCCGGUGACAAUAAUGUGCCGCUGUUCCAGUACGACUACGCGCAGGGAUUGUACUGUAUGGAUCGGGCCAUAGGAAGUGGUGGUGAAGGGGGCGGCGAACUGAUGGAAGCUUUGAUAGCAAAGGUAUGCUCGCCGAAGGAAGAGAUCCACUGGACUGACAGUGAUGUGAUGCUGCGAAAGAUCAUCAACCCGAUAUGCCAUGGGUUGGCGAUGAUCAUUCUGCUGAUCGUCGCGAUCAUUUACUUCGUCCUGCCAACGUUACGUGACCUUGUGGGCAAUAUGGUAACAACGAUCACAAUGUGUCUGAUCGUAAGCCAGGCCGCCGAUCUGGUACGCAUUUUCACCGAGUUUAGCAAUCACGUAAGCUUCCUGAUAGCGGAUCUGUUCUUCUACGUCAGCUUGCUCGGUGCAUUCUUCUGGCUAAAUGCGAUGGGUUAUUACAUCUGGAAGAUGUUUCGCACACGCAACGUUUUUUUGCGCGUCAGCGAUGGAAGAAAGUACUGUUGGUACUCGGGAUACGCUUGGGGAUGCACAGGGACAAUGGCAGCCAUCGCUGUGUUUGCCCACUUCUUCCUCGAUCUGCCCGGAAGCAAUAGCAGUAUUAGCAGUGGAACCGAAAGCCAACACGCAGCUGCACGGGAAAGCUUUUUCGAAGGACAGGACAACAUCAGCUGGCUAGGCAUUGCCGUGUUCUUUACCCCGAUUGCUUUUAUUAUAAUAGUGAACAUUUUCUUUUUCGUCACAACGUUACGCUUCAUCAAUCGGAUGCAUACGUACGGACGCAUUCAUCACAAGCUACGGUGCAGCUUCGUGAUGUUUACCCUCAUCUUUGCCACCAUGAGCGUCGCUUGGCUGUUUCUCAUACUGUCGUGGCUACAUUUUGACGGAUUACUGUACAUGCACAUCAUUGCGAAUGCGUUGCAAGCACCGUGCAUUCUCUACAUCUGCGUGCUGCGCCAGAAGCAUGUGACGUUCCUAGUGAAAUCGUGCUUCCGCGAUCAGGCACCCCAAACUACCGAAUGGGGUGACGAGAUGACGUAUAUGAACGGUGGUGAUUAUUAGUUAGUUAAGUAUUGCGCA